ACAAAAUGCCUAGUUUCUCGAGGCUGUCCGUGGUCCGAUUGCUGCAAUGCCCGUGGAGAUACUGGAGGAGAUAUUCUGCCAGCAUCCCAGGCGCACCGCAGGACAAUAUUUUCCCCUUCACGGCUCUCACAGAUGCGGCGACGACGAAGGACGCGUUUGUACGCGCCAUUGCUGGAUCGUGGUGUCGCACGUCUGUCGGCGAUGGCGCGCGAUAGCUCUCCGCUGCCCUCGCCUAUGGAGUCGGCUCGACAUGUCUCUCAACGCGGAGUGGAUGUCCGAGCUCGUUGCGAGAUCCGGGACGGUUCCGCUCGAGGUCACGGCAUAUCUCGAGGACCCGCUGAUCGUAAAAUCCGGUUGCGAUAGGCGGAAGAUAGAGGAGUAUGAAGACUCACAGGCUAGGGCUCUCGCAGUGCUGCUCGGAGCGCUUCCCCGCAUCCGUGCGCUCCAUCUAUUCACGGAAAAACCCCGCCUCCGUCAAGAGAUGCAAACGCUGCUUCAGGAGAUGCCAGCCCGAGCGUUGGAGAUACUCAGUGUGCAAGGGCCCUGGGUGACGACGGCACGUCCUAAUACUUCACCCGAUGGUCGAGCGGUGUUUGCUACCUUGCUACGGUACACACACACACCCUUACUUCAGCGCCUACUCGUUAUGAACUGUCCCGUCCGUCUAGACGGCCUGAUCUCCUCGACGUUGAAGCACCUCUCCAUCGGUAUCAGCGGGGGUGAUGCCUUCAUGUGCCCAGACGUAUGGGAAGUGCUUCGCAUACUCCAGAACACGCCUUCCCUCGAGUCCGCCAACAUAUUCUGUGAUGGUUGUGCACCCAUGGAAUUCCCAGAACUUCAUCCCGAGUUCUAUGGUCGCGUCGUACUGCAGCAUCUCCGCUCGCUUCAUCUUUCCACAACUGAAUCCGAGUGUGCUGAGCUGCUAACGCAUCUUGGUGCUCCUCGGCUCUCUUCCCUCACUAUCCAUGUCACAAGAGACGCCGCUCAGCUGUCCCAAUUGCUUCCAGUAAUUGUCGAGUUGCUGCCUGGCCUGAACGAUGUUCGAGGCCUAUGCAUCGGCCUCUCUGACUACUACGGGGAUCCUUGCUUCUAUAUCAAAACGACCACUCCGGAGCCCGAACAAGUCACCGUAGACCUGUCCGGGGUUGUUUCCAGCAAGUUUGCCGUCUCGCGGGUCACCUCACACAUAUGCCGCUACCUUCCAGCGCAAUCACUCGAGACGCUCUUGCUGUAUGGCGACGAACUCAUCCCGCCGUUCGCCUUAUACAAGGUUCUCGCGGCCACGCACAACGUCACGAGCCUCACGAUCGAGGGUCCAUAUGCCGUGGAAAGCCUCUCGGAAGGGCUCACUCACAACAUAGACUUUGAAGAGGACACCCUAGAUUUUGACCUGCCCCCGCGCUUACCGCGUCUGGAGAUUUUGACCUUCCGUAACGUGAAUUUCGGGCCCGUCAGUUCUGAUACCAACCGGGCAUUGUUGAAGCUUCAAAAGCAUCUCUGGAAUGGGCAGGCGCACGGAGCAGGUCGCGGAAAGCUAUCAGCAGUGCACUUCAUGAACUGCAACAUAAUCGACGAGAGCAUUCUUACAGGAUACGCCAAGGUCACUCAGACGGGGAAUCGCUUCUAUGCCAUUCGCAAAAUCGACGCCUCGGAGGAAAUGGGAUGGUCAUAAUCGUGCUUCGACAAAGAUGUCUAUCGUCGCUCGCUUUUCCGGCCAUUGGAUGAGUGAGCAAGGAUCACGGAACAUGAUUCCAUGCCGCGCUCUGGUGGAAUCCUGUCUUGCUCGGUGGUGAGUCUAAUCAAUUGUUCUCCUUUGCUAGAACUCUUCUCAG